CUUUGAGUUCAGAGAGCAGAGGGCUCUCCUUGCGUGUUAGAGGGACUGUAGAUUAACGCUCUGGCUCAAGAUGAGCCAAGGAGAGCUGGGCUGCUGCUUGAGGGAAGAGGAGCUGAGUUCACAGGGACAUGCGGAGUGCUGGGGGUUUCACUGAAGACAGACGCCAGAACUGAUCAGAAUGGGAAACUCUGAAAGCCAGUACAGCAUUCAGGGGCACAAGUGCAGCAGCCUUGCGGUCCCUGGGAAACAUAAGCCCUACUCCCUGAGGUUCCGCGCGGCCAAAGAAGAGGUCCUGUCCCCGCACGGCUGGUGGAGAGGCGGGGCUGUGGGUUUGAGUAUUCGCUCCAGGGCUAUAGGGAGGGGCUGCCUGUCCCAGCACAAGGGCUGCCAGCCCUACGUUCCCCGUCACUAUGACUACGUCACCAAGGGCAACAAGGCCAGCCCCAACGGCAAACUGCAUCGCAGCUCUCCUGAAUUGUGUGAGCAGGGUGGGGGACUCCUCCUGCCCCCAGAGAACGGCUAUCACUACCGCAGCAGUGACCCCAGGUCCAGCGGGCAAUGGGAUGGCCAUGCUCUGAAUGGGCAGCGGACGCCCGAAAGGAGGUCUCUGUCGAGCCUGGCGGAGGAGAGACGCAGCCCCAAGGUGGUCAUCAAGAAGGACGGCACCCUGCGGGUGGAGUUCACCAACAGCACCAGCGACAGGCGGGUUCUGGACGACUCCGGCGGGCCCGUGCAGCUGCUGAGGUUCUCGCCCACCGUGGAGUCCACACCCAGCCUCCCGGGCGCGAGCCGCACCCCCGAACCCCCCCAAAGCGCGUCGUCCACCGACCCCACCCUCAGGACGAGCUCUCUCGGGUCAGACUGCUCCUGGUAUGACUGGCCAUGGGGGGACGGGGCGGAGCCCGGCGACGGUGACCCCGACCCCGACCCCGCCCUCUCUCCCGGACGGCCCGCGGAGCGCUGCGCGUGCGGACAGGGGCGGGUUGGCCACUGCUCGUGCCCCACCUCCCUCCCGGACCUAUACAGGGACCCCGCCGUGGCCGUCACCUUCCCCGCCUCCAGAGACCUCCGCGCGCGCUGCCUGGAUGCCCGCCGAAACCUCCACCGCGCCUCCUUCGUGUCCGUCCUGGACGUCCCGGCCGAGGAGGAGUGCCCCGAGGCCAAGGAGUACCUGUCCUACACCCUGCCCUGCCGCAAGGCCCCACCCCGCGGCCAAAGCUCCGCCAAGAAGGACCCCAUGAGGGGCCGCCUGCGGCGGAUCAGCGACUGGACAGGAAGUCUGAGCAGCAAGAAGAGGAAACUGCAGGAGUCCAGGAGUAAGGAGGCCAGCGAGUGCUUCGACAGCGGCGUGGACGGGCUGACGGCCGACACUAGCUCCCCUUCCCAGGCCUCCAGCCUGCUGUGGUACCCAGGGGCCGGCCAGGCCCCGCCCACCCGCAGCGAGUCGGCCAGCGCCCUGCACGGCAGCGACGCACUGCGGCAGAACAUCUACGAGAACUUCAUGCGCGAGCUGGAGACGGGCCGCAGCAGCGGCGUGGAGGGCCAGGAGCCGUCCACCGGCACCGAGGACACCAGCAGCGACUCGCUGGGCUCCCUGGAGCAGCUGGACCUGCGGUUUGAGAAGGAGCAGGGCGUGGUGCGCAAGGCCGGCUGGCUCUCCUUCAAGCCCCUGCUCACACUGCACAAGGACAAGAAGCUGGAGCUGGUGGCCCGACGCAAGUGGAAGCAGUACUGGGUCACACUCAAAGGCUGCACCCUCCUGUUCUACGAGACGUACGGGAAGAGCUCGGCGGAGCAGGAUGCGGCCCCGCGCUACGCCCUGCUGGCCGAGGACAGCGUCGUGCAGUCGGUCCCCGAGCACCCCAAGAAGGAGAACGUCUUCUGCCUCAGCAACUCCUACGGGGACGUCUACCUCUUCCAGGCGGCCAGCCAGACGGACCUGGAGAACUGGGUGACGGCCAUCCACUCGGCGAGCGCCUCCAUGCUGGCCAAGCGGCAGGGGAAGGAGGACACGGUGCGGCUUCUCAGGAGCCAGACCCGGGCGCUGCUGCAGAAGAUCGACAUGGACGGCAAGAUGAAGAAGAUGGCCGAGCUGCAGCUCUCCAUCGUCAGCGACCCCAAGAACAGGAGGGCCAUCGAGAGCCAGAUCCAGCAGUGGGAGCAGAACCUGGAGAAGUUCCACAUGGACCUGUUCCGCCUGCGCUGCUACCUGGCCAGCCUGCAGGGUUGCGAGCAGCCCAACCCCAAGAGCCUGCUGGCCACCGCCAGCCGCCCCUCCAAGGCCACACUCAGCAGACUGGGCAUCUUCUCUGUGUCCUCCUUCCACGCCCUGAUCUGCUCCCGGGAUGACUCCAAGCUGCGGAAGCACUCCCUCUCUCUCUCCCUCUCCCAACACAACAGCAGCAAGAGGGGCCUCUUCUCCUCACUCAAGGGCCUGGACAGCCUCACCAAGCGGGGACAGGACAGCAGGCCAGUCGCAUCGCAGAUCUUUGAGGGAAAUGAUGAAGUACAUCUUGCACCGUGUAGCUCUGAGAGACUGGACGGUUUGGCUAAUCUGUACUCUAUGGCCUCGUCCAACGGAACUCACUGGGAUGCCUGCCUGGAAACUGCCUGCGUGUACCUGCCGGAUAACCAAGCCGUCACAGUGCCUUUGAAAGGGGACCAAACGGUGGAGGAUGUUCUGUCCUUGGCCUGCAAGGUAGGGCAGCUGGACCCUCACCAGCAUGGCUUGCGUGUGCGCAGGUACGUGGGCCAGCACUCCGAGCUCCACGCACCUGCCUCCAGCGAGCUGAUCUGUAACCUGCUGAAUGACAGGUUGGAGAUCCUCCCCCUGAAUGUUUACACCCUUCACAUGACCCGUCCCACCAACACGGCGGAUUUCGGGUUUGCUGUGACGGGUUACGCGGACAGCUGCAGGAACAGCCAUGUCUUCGUGAGCGAAGUUCUCCCAGACAGUCUGGCUUACAGCAAAGGCCUCAGACCAGGCGAUGAGAUCCUGAUUCUCAAUGGGAAGUGCGUGUCCACGGUUGACCUGGCUCGGUUGCAGAUGCUUUUCGGCGAGCAGACCCUGGAGCUGACCGUCAAGCGAGAUUCUGUCUCGAACGAGCCGAGCUCCACCCGGCCAAACUCACAAACCAGGGACUCCAGUCUCCUUGUGCCUGUCCCCAACCAGUCCCACCUCCAGGAGGAGUUCCUGGAUCAACACCACAAGGCCUGGCCUGCAGGUGUGCUGGGAGACCUGGAUGUACCUGCCAGUUCCGUAGCACCCGUUUUGGAGAAUGGUCCACUGCCCGGUCCACACAGGAGAGAGACGAACAGAAACAGUGUGGAGACAGUGUGCACAGUGUACCACACCUUCCAGGAGGGCCCCGGGGGUCUGAUGGAGGGCCAGAAGGGCACCUCAGGGGCCGAACCGGGCAUGCCACGCCCCUGUCCCCGCCACAUGUCUGCCACCGACCGUCUGCGCAAGGUCAUCCAGGAGCUGGUGGACACUGAGAAGUCCUAUGUCAAGGACCUGAGCUGUCUGUUUGAAAUCUACCUGAAGCCCUUGCAGAGUGAAACCUUCCUGACCCAGGAUGAGAUGGAGAGCUUGUUCGGCAGCCUGCCGGAGAUGCUGAACUUCCAGAGGGUCUUCCUGCAGACACUGGAGGAGCGGAUCGCCUCCUCCCCGGACUUUAGCACCCUGGAGAGCCCUGUCCACUUUAAGAAACUUCUCUUCUCCCUGGGCGGCUCCUUUCUGUACUACGCGGAUCACUUCAAACUCUACAGCGGCUUCUGCGCGAACCACAUAAAGGUCCAGAAAGUUCUGGAGAGAGCAAAGACAGACAGAGCCUUUAAGGAGUUCCUGGAUACCAAGAACCCGACGAAGCAGCACUCGUCCACGUUGGAGUCGUACCUGAUCAAACCCGUGCAGAGGGUGCUGAAGUACCCGCUGCUGCUCAGAGAGCUGGUGUCUCUGACCGACACAGACAGCGAGGAACACUACCACCUCACAGAGGCUCUGAAAGCCAUGGAGAAGGUGGCCAGUCACAUCAAUGAGAUGCAGAAGAUCUACGAGGACUACGGCACGGUGUUCGACCAGCUGGUGGCGGAGCAGAGCGACAACGAGAAGGAGGUCACGGAGAUCUCCAUGGGAGAAUUCCUCAUGCAUUCCUCCGUCGUCUGGCUCAACCCGUUCCCAUCGCUGGGCCGCAUGAGAAAGGACCCGGAGCUGACUGUGUUCGUUUUCAAGAGAGCUGUGAUCCUGGUGUGCCGAGAGAGCAGCAAACUGAAAAAGAAGAUGGGCACCGCGCGUUCCUCGAACCCCCACGGUGACUUUGACCCGUUCAAGUUUCGAUGGCUCAUCCCGCUGUCGGCGCUGCAGGUCCGACUGGGAAACACAGCGGGAGCAGACACCAGCUGCAUCUGGGAGCUGAUUCACACCAAGUCAGAGCUGGAGGGCAGACCGGAGACCACCUUCCAGCUCUGCAGCAGCAACCCGGAGUGCAAGGCCAAAAUGAUCAAGGUGAUCCGCUCCGUCCUGCGGGAGAACGCUCGGAGGAACGAGAGGGCGAGCAAGGAGCGCCUCGCCCCCCUGCGGAGUGUCAUGCCCACGUCCGCUCGGAUAGGCUCCACCCGUGCCUCCUGGAUGGGCAAGCACCCCUCCCUGGAGCUCCCCGCCCCGAGGACCCUGCCGAAGGGUGGGCGGGAGGACUCAGACGAGAGCAGCCAGGGCGGCGCGUCGAGCGAUGGGCGCACUCAGAGGGGCUCCCCGACCAGCGCCAUCGAGGCCCAGUUCCAGCGGCUGAGCGUGGCAGAGGCGGGGCCGCCGGCGCCCUGCGCGCAGCCCGAGGGGGCGGAGCCAGGCGAGGACACGCCCGAGAACCAGCGCAGGCUGGUGCGCGCCCACUUCGGCCCCGUCAAGAGGAAGAGCAGCAGCCUGCGGCGCAGCCAGGGGGCGCUGCUGAGCAUGCGGGAGCACUCCCGCUCCCUGGACAGCCAGACGGAGCCCCCGGGUGUCGACAUCAACACCCUGCUGGAGAGGGAGUUCAGCGUACAGAGCCUGGCCUCGGCAGUCAACGAGGACUGCUUCUACGACAUGGCGGAGAGCUUCGGGUCUGCCACCACCGUCCCCACCGUAUAGGGCCAAACCAGGACCUCCCUUUGUCCUGAAAUAAGCUCCACCCCUCACUCUUGGUCUAGACCUGGUCACGUUGUGCUAGGUCCAACCUGCACAGGUCUGAUCCACAGAUCGCGCGAUCACCUGGAUGGCACCAUCCUAGUCACCGAGACCUCUCUUUUGGCCUAUUAGCUGAUCCACGUGCUAUGAGGAUCAGUGGGUCUGCGCAGGUAUGCCGCGGAUACAGCUUAGCAGAACGCAGCCUGGGUUCGAAGGAUGGGGGACCUCACAGAAAAACAAAUGAAUGCACAUCUGAUUACCGGGACUCUGCCUUUCUGUGUGUUUGUGCACUAAGUACACAAUCUGCCUGCUUUUUUUUUUUUUUAAAACAUUUGAUCUUAUUUUUACUUGGACAUCUGUAAUUUUUUUUUUAAGUAUAAAUUAUUUUUAUUUAUUGAUAGGUCUUUAUUUUUUUAUUUGUGUAGGGAGCAAAGCAGCUGUUAGGUUUAAGACUGGGAUAGUUUGAAUUAAGAACACCACGGUGACCUGGAGAUCGAACCUGGGGAAAAAAAACAUUAAACGAACAAGUUAGGAAUAUUGUCUUCUGCAUAAUCUCCGUCAUUGUGCAGCUCUGUAUUUAGCCAUUGCUAAAUUGUCCUUUAAUUAUGUAACAACUUGCUGUGCAGAAAACAAGUUGUUAGAGGCACCAGCGCCUAAAUUAAUUUUCCUUUUAACCCUCUCGCGCGGCGUACACUACUGUGUACAGUUAAUAAAGUCCUAUUUGAAAGACCUUUUUGAUUUCUAAUUUUUCCUCUAAGUAUCUUUUUUAGUCCCCAGUGAACACAUUUGAUGGCAUGUUGUGUCGGAUGACUCAACCUUUCCUGGCACAUUAAUGCCAACGUGAGCCAGAUUUCCUACCGCUCAGGCAGUUCUGAAUCCCAGAUUCGCCCCUUACUUUCACACGAGGCAGGAAGGCGAGGAAACGAUGACUAAACCCGUGCCUAAUUGUGCGCUUUUGUGAUUGGGUUUCACGGAAAUGGCAUUUUGAUUCAGGUAUCCCCAUUUGCAGCCACACACAACCCGCUGUGACCCGAAACGGCAAGAGGAACAUGCAGCCAGAGUAAUCUGAUUAAAAUCGAUCAGAUGUAUCAUCUUCCUCCCAUUGGGUAUUCUCACAUAGCAUAAGAUGGUGUGGUUUUCAUUUCAUUCCUGCGGUGUGCUACGGAUGUGCGUGGAUGGGUAAUUACCCACAAAAAUGGGUAAAAAUAAAAUUUAGCUUUGGGCCACUGAUCCAAAAAGUGUUUCAAACCCACAAGUGUGAUGUUUUUCCCCUACAUUUUUUUACAUGUACAAGAGGGUAAAAAAGCACAUAUAUACGUUUUUUUCCCCCAAAAUGGCUGAAGUGUUACUUGAACAUUUUCCUUUGUAUAUACAUGACAUUGAACAGGUGAACUGUAAUGUGCAAUAAGUGCUGUGCUGUAUUAGGGGGAUAUUUUUUUUAAUAAAACAUUAGUGUUCUAAUUGCAUUGCAAGGUACACUGUUGAACCAACCCAUUCCUAACUCGCUGCUCUCUGAACUUAAACACGCCAGAAACGCUAGCACAAUGAGGAAUGUGAACUUUGAAAUCUGUUUUUUUUUUUUUAUUAUUAUUAAUAAAACGUUGACCUCUAUGAAAGCCGUCCAGCGUGGCCCACUGGGAGAAACUGUGUCCAGACUGAUGAAU